UUAGCUAAAUCUGAAAUACGCGCUUGCGGCGGACUUGAACAGUCACCGAAGAAUCAAAGAUCUAUCCUGCACCCUUCUUCCAGAAAGAGCAACUGAAACGGCUUCCUCUUCUCUUUUCCUAUCAGAGCCGCCUCCGUCUAUUCCCAAAAAACAAACCCUAAAGAAUCUAUCUCUCUUGAUUGCGCUAUCCCAACGGAAGCUUCAUCUUAUUCUUCCUUCAUCGAAGUCCUUUCACUUCCUCAUAGAUUCACCAGCGUCUUCCAGUUUUCAACAGCCAUAGACCCCUAGUAUACACGCAAUUUCUACUCUGUAUUAUCUUUUGAAUCACGCGAAACCGGCGCUCUCAUCGUCGCGGCCAAGAUGGAGAGUAGUUUCGUUUCUUGAUUACUGAAGGUUUGGGAAGACUAAAAUGCUUAAUGGAGGAGUGAAGCUGCAUUUGUGAUUUUCUGUUAAAUGAGGAGUGGUGCUGCGUUUGGUAUGCUUUCUGCAAAUGUUGUUAAUCAACUCACGCUGUAUUAUAGUUAGCGACUGUGCUUGUCUAUAUCUUCUACCGCACGCUUGCAAAUUCCCCUUUUCUGCCUCAUUCUUGGAUAUCAAAGGCGUGAAUGGAUUUAACGCACGACUGGAAAGCUCAGUUUCCAGUUCGCAAGGAUGGGCCACUUCUCCUUUCCGGCCAAAUGUCGAGAUCCAUCUUGGGUCCUCUCUUCUUCAAACCAAAACCCGAAUACCAACUUCUCUUUUUCUCUCCAGCUCUCCUUCCUCCCCUCCUCCCUCCUGCACCUAAACUUUCUCUCUCUCGCUUCCUCACUACUUCUUCCGAUUCCCCUGUCCCCCUCUCCACCUCCUCCUUGAUUGCCUCUCUUUUUGGCUCCCAGUAUCCAAGGGAUGCUGCUUUCUCCCUCUCCCACAAUCGCCUCCAGUUUCUUCCAUGGCCAGGUAAUCAGGCAGCUUUGGUGUUCUUUUCUACUGGCUCUAACCACGACCAAAUUGGGUUUCUAGUGCUUUCAGUUAAAAACUUAAGUUUGGAUGUCAAGGUUGCUGAUAAUGGUGAUGUUUUUGUGGCUAAGGAUAGGUUCAAUUGUCGUAUAUUGAGGAUUUUAGUGAACCCGGUUGAUGAUUUCUUAGGUUAUUUCGGUAAUUCUUUUAUUACUAUUGGUUACGUAAUGGCUUGGACUAUGUAUUCUGUUCAUUGGUAUAGUGUUAAAUCAAGUGAAUCUAGUGAAAGACCACUUUUGGGUUAUAUGGGUUGUAAAUUGUUCAAGAGUUGCUCUGUUGCUGGUGCUUGUUGGAGUCCACAUUUACCUCAAGAGAGUUUGAUCUUAUUAGAGAGUGGUGCAUUGUUUUUGUUUGAUUUGGGAAAAAAAUCUCAUACCCGUCUUAAAGGAAAUAAGCUGAAGGUAUCAUGGGAUGACUCUGGUAAUUAUAAGUGGUUGGGCUGUGAGUUUAGUUGGCAUCCUAGGAUUUUCAUAGUUGCUAGAUCAGAUGCUGUCUUUUUGGUUGAUCUGAGGUUGGACGAGUGCUACACGACUUGUUUAGAAAGAUUGAGACAGAUAAAAGAGAUAGUGCUGGGAUUUGGGAUUUUAAACAAGGACCUCUCUGUUCUUCUUCCCGAGUUAUUUGAAUUUGGUGGUUUUACUCUGAUCAGGUUAAUGUCCUCGGGGAAGAUUGAGGCUCAGAAUUUUUGCGCCUCUUGGAAUUUGGUAAAAGAACUAGAUAUAGCUCAUGGAGAUUUAUCAUUGGGUUUUCGGGAUUGCUUAUCAUACUCUGCAGUUGAUGAGGAAUACAAAUUUCCCAAAAGAUUCAAGUAUCUGAGACUUAAUUAUCUUCAUGCAUAUUUGAACAGAGAUCUUACUGAAGUCAUGGAUUCAAGAAUAAAGAAGUCUUUCCCAGUUCGAGAAGAGAAUGAAUUGUUCAAUGAAGACUUCCAUAAAAUUUUAUGUGAGAAACUGAGACUUUGUGGGUUUGGUAGAUUUAGAUCUUCUCUUGCUUCUGUUUUCAAUGACGUCAGCUUGCCAACAAGCUUAUUCGAGAUUGCUUUGAGGCAAACAUGGGCGAGCUUUCCCUUAGAACUUCUACUUCUUGCCUUUUCCAGCCACUCCGAAUUUCUAGAGGUAUUGUUGGACAAAAAGAGAACCUCUUUGGAAUUUUCAAUUGUUCCAGACCUACCCCAGUUGCCUCCUUUCAUCCUGAGGAAGCCUGAAUGUCGUAGUAGCAAGUGGACGCAUAAAGUGCAGCGGAGUAAUGAACUUGUUGGCCCUGUUCUCCCACUGCCUGUUCUGCUUACACUUCACGAAUUUCGCAAUGGUUGUCUACAUUCACAAAAGGAAGAUGAUUUUUCAGCGGAAUUGGAGUUUAGCCAUCAAUUUAAUGAAGUCUUGCAGGUGGCUAGGGAAGUGGCUGUGCUGGAGUAUGAUUCUGAGCUUCAUGAUGAUCAAACUGUCUCCCUUGCGGCAGACAGCGAAGAGAUGUGGAUUGACUCUCAAAACCCAAAAUCUUUCAUUUCAUAUCAUCCAGCUUUGUGUGAGGUCUCUACUGUUAUUAAUUCUCAGGGUAACCAUUUUGAUGAAGACAAGAAAUUUGCUACUUUGGUUACUAAAGUGCAUAAGAAAGAGUCUCUUCCUAGUGACAUCAUGCAAAAUAUUGGACUAGAACAGUUUGAUGAUUUAUGCCCCACAGAAUUGAAAUUUAAUACACAAGUUAUGAACUUUGAGUCACAGGAACAGAAAGUAUAUAAUACAUUCAAGAAACAUUUCUCCUUAUGGCAAGAACGUUUUAGCCCAUACCAGCAAUUUUGUAGCCGUUACAAAUUACAAGGAUAAUGGCGGAGGGGGCAAAGGCUAGAUAUGGUAGCUGAAGUUUAAGAGUGAAUCUAGAAAGUGCAGUUGCUUAUUCUGUUGGUCCCUGAUAUGAACUAGCCAGGGUUGAACUUUUGGCUUUACUGUGAACUAGUCAGGGGAGUUCAGAUUUCAUUUUUAAGUUUUUUCAAGGUGUGGUUGUGAUAGCAGAAAAGGUGAUGGAGUUAAUUGAGGGUCAUGUGGAAACUGUUCCUGGAUUUGGUACCUAGGCUGAUUUCCUAAGGUUGUUAACUUAUCUUUGUUACUGGAGCAGCCCAUGGAAGUAAAAGUUGUGGUAAGAGCUGAUUUUCUGCGACAACAUAUGGGAAAGUUGCAGUUAUAUCAGUUUUGAGACUCUACAAAUAUUUUUAUACUACUAAGUGGCACCAGUCUCCUUUUCUUGGCAAGCAUGGUACAAGUUGUGAUAAGAGCUGAUUUCUGCUACAACAUAUGGGAAAGUUGCAGUUAUAUCAGGGAAUUCGAGCUGUGAUUGGCCCUAUGUGAUCUCUCCUGAUUGAGGUAUAGAUAUUUCAAACUUCGAAGCUGCUGGAAUGACAUUAACCUCAAUUAUUUUGUUGCGCACAAUUAUCAUGUUGUAUGUUAGUAGUCUUUGGUCAGGAUAUCUGUUGCCUUUGAAAACAAACUCUCUUGUGAAGACCCACAGAUCAAGUUGUAGAAUUGAUUAAUGAACUGUAUAUGUUGAUGAUUUUGAGAUGUGCAAUUGUUCUGUAGGGAGUAUGGUUAGCGGUAGAAGAAUGAUCAGAAAUAUGGAUAAGAUUUUUCA